GAAAAAUAAUUUCAUCUUAAAUUACAGAUCUGAGAGAAGAUCCAGUUACCAGGAAUUUGAGUUGAUAAAGAAACCAUUUCUACUUCAAAAAUGUUGGAGGAAGAUAUGGAAGUAGCUAUUAAGAUGGUGGUUGUAGGGAAUGGAGCAGUUGGAAAAUCAAGUAUGAUUCAGAGGUACUGCAAAGGCAUUUUUACAAAAGACUACAAGAAAACCAUUGGAGUUGAUUUUUUGGAGCAACAAAUACAAGUUAAUGAUGAAGAUAUUAGAUUAAUGUUAUGGGAUACUGCAGGUCAAGAGGAAUUUGAUGCUAUAACAAAGGCCUAUUACCGAGGAGCCCAGGCUUGCGUGCUUGUGUUUUCUACCACAGACAGGGAGUCUUUCGAAGCAAUUUCCAGCUGGAGAGAAAAGGUAGUAGCUGAAGUCGGAGAGAUACCAACUGUGCUGGUACAAAACAAGAUCGACCUCUUGGAGGAUUCUUGUAUAAAGAAUGAGGAAGCUGAGGCACUGGCAAAGAGGUUAAAGUUAAGAUUCUACAGAACAUCGGUGAAAGAAGACCUCAAUGUGAAUGAAGUUUUUAAAUAUUUGGCCGAAAAAUAUCUUCAGAAACUCAAACAACAAACAGCUGAGGAUCCACAACUGCAACAUUCAAGUAGUAACAAAAUAGGUGUCUUCAAUACAUCUGGCGGCAGUCACUUGAGUCAGAAUUCAAGUACCCUAAACGGUGGAGACGUCAUCAAUCUUAGACCUAACAAAGAGAGGACCAAGAAAAACAGGAACCUCUUCAGCAACUGUAGCAUACCCUAAACGUCUGUGGAGGGAGAAAGUUGAAUCACAUUCCGCCAUUCACUGAGAAACACCCAGCAGUGUUUUAGCAGACUUUACACCUCCUGGCUUCCUGAACGGACAGAUGUUAAUGUGUGCUUUCUGGAGUGUGGAGUGAGACCUCUGGUGGAAAUGUUGCUGCCCUGUGGACUCAUUUUUAAAUUUUUACUUACAUUAAAUGAAGCUUGUCCUGUAUUUGAAGGAAUGGUAUAAGAAAUAUCAAAACAGGUUUUGCUGAAUUGUAAUGCUGAAAUCAUGAAUGAAAUGCCUAGGUGUGUUGGUCCAGAUUUUAAUAUUGUGCAUUAAGGAAAGAUAGCAAGCACUCUUUCAUGAAAUUGGCCAUCCAGCUUUUAUGGAAAAGUACUGAGUCUGAACACUAACAGCAAAAUAGUUGUGCACUGUAAACUGAAACCUCGCUGGGCUACACAAGGGCGUUUGGGCGUCACCUGUGCAGCGUCCAUGAGUCCAGCGAGGAUGGACGCGUGCAGACCCUUGCGCUGGAGCACGUGGAGGGCCUGUGCGGUGCCUAGGGAAUGUAGAUGCUAAUCGUGUAAAGUGACGUACACACUGUGUAUGUACAAGCUUUCAUGUUCAAAUAAAUUCCAGGCCUAUAUUUUGCAAAAUGAGCUUGAGCUAAAAAGUGCUUCGUGCCAAAAAUAUUAACCUUUUACAGUGCUUUAUUGUUAGAAUUUACAUUAUUUUCUCUUAGGAUCUCUGGCAGGAUCACAAAAGAGGGGUAGAAACGUUUUAAGCCACAGGUUCUCCCAGUGAGACUUCCUGUAAAACCCUUUCCCUAUGGCCGCUGUCGUAUGGUGCCUCACACUGUUGUCCUGCCACUGCGGCCCUCAAGAUGUACAGCUGCAGUUGCUCAGGAUGUUCUGUGAUGCAUGCUGUUGCAGCCAACACCUUUCACUGCUGACUGACAACCCCUUUUAGGAUUGUGCUGAAAGCCAGGCGUGGUGGUGCACACCUGUAAUUCCAAACACUGGGAGGCUGAGGCAGGAGGAUC